ACCGCUCACUCUGCGGCUGCGCCAUUUAGCUGCGCCAUUGAACAGACCAAGGCGUUUCCGUGUUUGUUGCACAAUUGCGGCUGCAGAUUUUAAUAUUGAACCUUUUGUAUUAAUUAUCCGACAACUUCUCUCAUUCCUCGCCCCGUUACUAUGGAAACGCAAAGCCGCGUAACCAGGAAGUGAGUGCAACGGAAAUACCGGAAAUAGGGCUGGAACGCUUCCAUGCUCAGCGGGAACUACAAACCCCAGCAUUCCCUGCGCGCUUCCGGCUGUAGGCUUCCGCUGGUGCUGCCCGGUCCGGCAGGUGCUGCCCCGGGGUUUGGACCUGCGCUCAGUACCCAGAUACCCCUGAUACCCUUGAUACCCCCGAUACCGGAUACCCCCGGAUACCCCUGAUACCGGAUACCCCUGAUACCCCCGGAUACCGGAUACCCCUGAUACUCCCGAUACCGGAUACCCCCUGAUACCCCGCAGUCCCUGUGUAGCUCUGGGUCGCGCCCCGGUGCCGGUUGCUGGGGGUCAGUAGGAACACGGGGCAGAGAUGGUGGUGGAAGUGGAGGGGUUCUACGGCGUGUACCUGCUGUUCUGCACAAACCCCAAGUACAAGGGUCGGAUCUACAUCGGCUUCACGGUGAACCCCGAAAGGCGAAUCCAGCAGCACAAUGGCGGCAAACACAAGGGGGGGGCCUGGAAAACAAGUGGCAGAGGCCCCUGGGACAUGGUUCUGAUAGUCCAUGGAUUUCCCAAUGACAUCGCAGCCCUACGGUUUGAGUGGGCAUGGCAGCACCCCCACGUGUCCCGCCGCCUCACCCACGUGCCGCGCAAGCCCAAGAAACAGUCCAGUUUUGACUUCCACCUGCUGGUGCUGAGCCACAUGCUGCGCGUGGCCCCCUGGAACCGGCUGCCCUUAACCCUACGCUGGCUGCGCCAGGAGUAUCGCAGGGAGCUGCCCCUUCUGCUCCAGCCCCCUCUGCAUAUGCCCCUGGCAUUCGGGCAGGUACGGGCAAGGCCCAUCUCUAAGGGGCAGAAGGGCAGAUUGGGGGAGACCGGGGAAGGAGAGAGUGCCCGGGGGGUGAUGCCGCCGGCCCCCCAGCGCUGCAGGGUCUGUUACGAGUGGGUACAGGAUAAGGACGACGCUCUGUGCUGCUUCCAACCCGGCUGCACCCUCACCGCUCACAUCCUGUGUCUGGCGAAGCUCUUCCUACUCAAGGAACCCCAAAGCCUCAUUCCUGUGGAGGGCCUGUGCCCCAGCUGCGGGCACUCGGUUCUGUGGGGAGACCUGAUCCGGUACCGGAACGGCUGUUACGGAGACCUAGAGGAAAUCCCAAGCUCUCAGGCUCACUGGGUGGACGAGCUGCACAGAUCCUCAGACUGAUGCCCCCCUCAGGGUGCAAUUGGGUCGGAUACCGAGGGGCAAACCCGGAGGCUGCACAGCUGCUCAGACUGACGCCGCCCCUCGGGGUGCAAUUGGGUCGGAUACCGAGGGCCAAACCCGGAGGCUGCACAGACUGACGCCGCCCUUCAGGGUGCAAUUGAGUCGGAUACCGAGGGCCAAACCCGGAGGCUGCACAGAUCCUCAGACUGACGCUGCCCCUCAGGGUGCAAUUGGGUCGGGUACCAAGGGGCAAACCCGGAGGCUGCACAGAUCCUCAGACUGACGCUGCCCCUCAGGGUGCAAUUGGGUCGGGUACCAAGGGGCAAACCCAGAGGUUGCACAGCUGCUCAGACUGACACUGCCCCUCGGGGUGCAAUUGGGUGGGAGAAUGUGGGACUGAACCUGAUCAUGUGACACUAUUAUGGGGCAAUUUAACCCUUUUUACACUAAUUUAUUGUUCUGCUUGGAAAGUUUUUAAACAGAAAUAAAUGGAAUUAAUUGUUUUUUUAGAAAAAUAAAGAACCUUGUAUUUACCCCAAA